UACAGAAACAUAAUAUUUCAAAUAAUACAUAGGGUCUCAUUGAUUGAACCCCGUGGUGGGUGGGACUGGGUACCCACAGGUAUGAUUUGCAUAUAUUUUAUUGCUUUUCGUGUUACAUGUUGAUCUAUGGUCGAGAAGAAAAUGCACAAAUACACUGACUCGUUAGGUGGUCAGGAAAAAUGUGCUUUUAUAUUCAAUUUUGGUACAGUGGGAUUGGUAGAUUUGUUUGCACAGUUGAGAGACUUCCUCCCAGGUGGGUUGCAUCUCUCUAAUCCUCUUUUUGACUUUUGGAACUAUAGAGCAAAUCUAAUACCAUGCUCUUCUUCUUAUUACAUGGCCAUAAAUGUUUUAAAUGCCCAAUUUGGUAGAAUAAUCGCAUCUCAGCAUUGAUUAUCGUAACACUUAUAGUUAUAGACCGGGAUCUCUCCUCAAUUAGACAGACUGAAUCCCCUUUGAUGGGGGGAGUUUGUAGCAUAUCUAGUUUAAUAUGGAAAAGUUCUAGCCCAAUACUGAAUGACGGCUGCUUCAAUCUGAGUCAUCUGGCCUAUCCCCCCCCCCCUUUUGUUGACCCUUUCGGCACGUCUAUUCUGUUCAUGAUUAUAAAAUUCAUCUCGCUUGGGUUCAUUGCACCAUUGGAUCCAAACAAGCUUCCUAUAAAUUGAAGAGAGAUCAGACAACUGAUAGGUGUCUCGGUUCCAGUACAAAUUAGAUCCCAAUAUCCCCAUCUUCAGAGAGAGAGAGAGAUGGAAAAGGAUGCAUUAGAACAUGGCCUUGCUUUCUCUUCUGAUCUAUUACCUCCCAAAUGGGUUAAAGAAGAUGGCCUCCAGCUCCAAGUUAAAAUUCACAGCGAAGAGAAGAAGCUCCGAUUGUUCGGCUUCGAGGUGGAUCCCUGUGCAAAUGAUGGAAGGUGCUCUAGAGGGUCGGAGGAAGGAGAUGAAAGUUCCAAUUCAUCAAUCACAGUUUCAUCUCAGACUCGGAGGGAGAAGCCUUGUAAGGAAAAAGCUCCAACAGCUGAGCUGGAAGACAAGAGGUAUGAGUGCCAAUUUUGUUUCAAGGAGUUUGCCAAUUCACAGGCGCUAGGGGGUCACCAAAAUGCGCAUAAAAAAGAGAGACUGAAGAAAAAGAGAUUGCAGCUUCAAGCGAGGAGGGCAAGCGUCAAUUAUUAUCUCCAACCGAUGCAGAAUAACCAAGCUUUCAUUUACCAUCCUUCAGCUUCUCUCUUCUAUGAUCCUUCUGACUCCACACUGGUUGAAGAGUCCAAUAUCAGUUUCAACCGAUUUGAUCAGAAAGCGUUCCUCAGUGGGACCAACUUAUCAAAAUCAUAUCCUCUAUCCAAUCAUCAUUUCCCGCUCCAACAAGACACUUGUAUGUUCACUCCGACACAGACAAACAAGCUCAGCCAGAAUAGGUCAAUAGUCAUUAAGCCCUCGCCCUUGCCCGUUUCAAAGCAAAGCUGUAAAAGUUUGGAUCUUCAACUGGGGCUUACUCUGCAAUCCAACAUCUGCAGCUCCUCCAGAACAGGGCUUUAACAGAUGUACAGGUAGACGGGGUUUAGCUUUAACAUCUGCAACCAUGGCCUCUUGUAUGCUCAACAUGGUUUCAAUCAAACUAUGGAUAGUUGGUUGGGACGUAGGGUUUUAUAGACUCUAGCAGCUAUCAGUGGUCAUCACUGAAGACACAACACCUCAGGCACCUCCAUGGCUAAAUAAGGUUUGAAGAUUUGAGUUAUCGUAUUACACCAUAAAGCACGAAGCAUAGUUACAGGAGGCCCACAACUGGGUCAAUCAUAGUAUCAGAUAAACAGGUUUUACUAAUAAACCACCUAGAAAUACUGAAGAUGGUUAUGGCCACAAGGAAUGUCUCAUGUGUUUACUGUAAAGUGUAAACCAUGUAUUUAUAUCGUAUACAGUGUACAAGCAUUCAAUUGUGAGUUGUGUGUAAUUGACUUGUUAUCAUCUUCAAACCCAAAACCAAAUAGGGGAUCCAUCUUCCACCACA